AUGGGUUCAUUUAGUAGCAACUGCCUAUACACCACGUUGAAUGUUUGGUUGUCUGUCAACGGUGUAAGCACUUUGAAACUCCCAUCCUCCAACAUCAACAACGGUGAAUGGAUGAAGGCCACCAUAUUUUUGAUUUUCUUCUUCAUAUGCAUUAUUACUUGUGCAAAAGACAUGAUGAGAAAAAGUAUUGUUUUUGACAAAAACACACCUGAUGUAUUUUACUGUCCCAUACAUAAACCUACUGGUUUCGACAAACUUAUUGUCAAAGCAAAACCUCUUAAGAAACUUUGUGAAUUCGAAGGAAAUCCUCUACCUGAAGACUACAAAAGUGAUUGUUACCAAGAUGUAGAUGAAUCUGAUUACGCUUGUAAAGAGAAAUAUAGAAUAAUGAUGCGUAUGCACCCCCCUGGCUCUGAUGAACCCUUCGACAAUAAAAGGAUGGCACGUUUCAUGAAUAUUGAUAAAGAGUAUUACGUAAUGAAAAUUGAUAACAAACAUUCCAAGCCUAAGAAACAAUUGAAAAAUAGACUGGGAUGAGUUGUUUUGGUUAACCAUGUAAAUUUUGUGGCAUUUCUUAACCUAAUGUAAAUAAAAUAAAGACUAAAAUAAU